AAACCUGCAACCUUUGGGAACAAAAGCAACAGCUCUGAUCACUACGCUACCAGCUGCCAGGGAAUUACGGAAACUCGGUGCUUCGGUGUACCACUGCGGCGAUCAACACAAGCCCGGUGCCGCAGUGAGGUUGAACCUGUGGCCAGCGGAAUCUCAACGCUGCGGAUCACUGUGUGAAGGUGCAGGACUCUGUGUGAUCUGGCCCCGAUCAUCUGCUUUGUGUGGGUGUGUUCUGCGUAGGAAGCGCACAGACGGGUGACCCUCUGCACAAACCCAGAAGUUCAACGGGCACCAGCGCAGCAGUCCAGCCUGCGAUACGGAUGCGUGAUUUUCCCUUCCGUCCGCGUUCACGUGGUGUCCUCUUGCUCUUGGGCAGGCUCACCACGUGACUUCAGUGUUGAGUAAGAGCAGGUCGGCGCAUCCAAGAUCGACAGAGCUAAAACACAUUCGUGUGAAUACAGUAUUUCAGAUCGUUCAAGUACCGUUACCAAGGUUUCGGAUUUAACGAAGGGAUGCUGUGAGAAACCGAAAAGGGCUUUUGCUUUGAGAGCUGGAAGUCCCCAGUCCUGGUCCUGCUCAUCAAGGCACUUACCCUGAAAUAAUGCAGUAAAAAUUACCUAGCAGUAAAUACAUGUGUGAAACAGUUUCUUAUUUAAUGUUGCAAGUCACCUUUGACAAUGGCGCGAAAUAAAUUAAUAAUUAACGGAAUUCAUACCUGUUGUUCUCCCCUUUAGACACUAGAUGUCAGCAGUGCGUCAAAAAUGGUCCAUGGCGCAACUUUACCCACGCAGCAAGUGCCUCCAACAGAUUUGAGGCCAGGACUUAGAUUUUCACAUAUUGUUGCAAGCAAACACGUAAAAAAGACAAUCGCAUUCUUCACUGAAGAAACUACGCUUCCUGGAGCGUUUUCAAUUAAAAAGCCCGCGCAGCAAGUGCCACCAGUAACGGCGGGAGAGGAGCUCAUGACGGCAAAGGAUCCCUCUGAAAAACAAAACACCUAAAUCAUGUAAAUCAUGCGGGCAAAAGAAAACAGUAAACCGAGGAACCCAAGAGAACGUGAGACCGCCUGUGUUUAGUGUUAUACGCGCAAAAAUGCAAGGCUAGGCCCAUACAUAUAUAUAUAUGCGGAUUAAGCAGGGUCUCCGUGUGUACUUUGGUGCUGUACUUUUAUUUUACUGUACUGCGCUGCCCUGCGUGAACCUUCGCACCUUUGACGUCAACGGACAGCAGUCGCUCACGCGCACAGGUGUGUUACCUGUAGCUCGAGCGAGGGAGGAGGCGGGAUUUGCACCCUUAGACUUAGUAUCGGUUCGCUCCGAGGGCGAAGCGAGGAGGAGGAGGAGGAGGAGGAGGAACACUGAGGGGCCGCUCUGUCACACGGAUCGAUCGCUUCCCCCGCGCGGACACGACCGUCGCCGCGUCUCCGUUUGUGACACCUCCCCCACAUCCCCCCCCCACUACUGACCCCACUGUCCGGCGCAUCUCAUGCCCGUGUCCGCCGUGGAAGGAACCCGCGGGCAGCCACCGCAAUGUGACUGAUCCGCGCCGCAGGGCUGUCGGACCGGGACAGGGCGCCGGUGCGCGUCGUCGAGCGCGUCCCCGUCGCCCGCGUCCGCCGCCGCAGUGAAGCGCGAUGGACGCGCAGGACCAUCAUCGCCACCGCCCGCAGGAGGACGGCCGCCGCCGCCAGCACCAGCAGCACCCGGAGAACGGUGACGCGCCCCGGGGACGCGCGGCCGCGGAAUCGCGCCUCGACGUGUCCGAACUGCCGUCCGCCGGGGGCUUCGGGCGCUUCCAGAAGGAGCUGCUCGUGCUCACCUGGGUCCCCGCGCUCCUCGUGGGCUUCAGCCAGUUCUCGGACUAUUUCCUGCUCGCGCAGCCCACGAACACGUGCGUGUGGUGGGGCAACGUGACACUGCCCGACGGCACGGCGGCCGGCAUUAUUAACGGCACCGCUAUCGAUGGCAGCGCGACUGAUGGGAGGACCGCCGGAGGCGCGCGGGACAACGGCAGCGCGCGCUGCGUGUGCGCUGGGGGGCCGUACGAGCUCGAGCAGGGCCUCGCGCAGAACGUGGUCACCACGUGGGACUUGGUGUGCAGCGCUGCAUGGAUCGUCCACAUCACAAAGUUCUCUCUGCUGGUGGGCUCCAUUUUUGGAUACUUGGUGAUGGGUGUCCUUGCCGACUGGUUUGGCCGGCGUGUGGUCCUCCUCACCUCAGUCUUCUUCAUGCUGGCCUUUGGGCUCGCUGUGGCCUUCUCUGUGAAAGAGCUCAUGUUCAUCCUGCUUCGCUUCUUCGAGGGGUUCUGCCUGGCAGGGAUCACGCUGUCCUUGUAUGUGCUGAGGAUUGAGCUGUGUAUUCCCACCUAUCGCUUCCCUGUGACUAUGGUAGCCAGUUUUGUGGGACUUGGUGGCCAGCUGCUCCUCCCGGGCCUGGCCGCUCUCUGUGGAGACUGGAAAGUCCUGCAGGCAGUGAUUGUCUGCCCUUUCGUCUUCAUGCUGUCCUACUUCUGGCUUUUCCCAGAGUCUUUGAGAUGGCUUCUAGCCACCCAGCAAUACAGGGAAGCUAAAGGGCUCCUGGUUCGAGUGGCCAAGAAGAACAACGUGAACACAGAAGAGGAUGGUCCUGACAUACUGGCAGAGGUACAGAGUCAGCAUCAGAGGAAGCCUAAGAAGACAUGCAUUGUCAAAAUGGUGGGCACGAGGAACUUGUGGAAGAACAUUGUGGUUCUUUGUGUGAACUCGCUGACAGGUUAUGGCAUCCACCACUGCUUUGCCCGCAGCUUGAGGGACCCUGAGGCCAAUGAGACCACCCUUUUCCACAGCUUCUACGCAGAUUACUACACAAUGGCAGGUAUUGCAGUGGCAUCCUCUGUGGCUUUGUGCCCGACUGUGAGCGUGUUGGGCCGCAGGGGUGGUCUGCUGAUGUUCAUGAUCAUCACCGCCCUGGCCUCCCUGCUGCAGCUGGGCCUUCUGAACUUACUCGGGAAAUACAGUGUUCAUCUAAAUAUAGAACAAUCAGAUACGUUGAACAGGAAUUUCUCUAUCGCCUUUUCCAUCAUCGGCAUGUUCUCCUCCCAUGCUGUCAGUAACUUAAGUAUCUUCUUCUGCGCAGAGAUCACCCCAACAGCUAUAAGAGGAGGGGGCCUGGGCCUAGUUCUGGCCAGUGCGGGCUUUGGCUUGUUGACGGCACCCAUUAUGGAGCUACUCAACCAGAAAGGCUACUUCUUGCACCACAUCAUCUUUGCCUGCUGCACCCUCAUCUGCAUCAUCUGCAUCCUAUUGUUACCGGAGCCCCGUGGCCAGCCACUUCCUGAGGCUAUUGCUGAUGGUGAGAACUACACACGAAAGCCAUUCCUGCCUCCAAGAAGACCCGGAGAACCACGCCGCUUCCUCUCCAGAUCUGGGUCCAGAGACUACUCAAGGGUCCGCGAUACUCCUCUCCAUCAGAUCCCUGCUGCUACUGGUCCUGCUGUUCCCCUUACCAUAGACCCUACUGCUUUCUCUGCCACAGAUCCUAAUGGUCACCCUACUAUAGACUUGACAAUUGAUAUCGAAGAUCCAGCUGUUACGCUUACUACAGCCCCUGAUGAAACCCUUGAUACACAGGUUACAAUACCGCUGAUAAAAGAAGCCACUUUUCCCUCUAUUGCAGACUGUACCACUUCCCCUACUACAGACCCUACUGUUAUCCCUACAACAAACCUUAUGGUCUUUCCCACUCCCAACCCUGACUCAAAUCAACCUCCUACUACAGAUUUCACUGUUAUCGCCACCAUAAAUUCUAUAGCCUCUCCCACUACAAACUCUAUACCACCUGUCACAUCGGACUGUGUUCCUCCUCCUACUGCCAAUAACCCAAUUCUGCCCUCAGCCACGGACUCUGCUCCUGGAGCAUUGAUCACAGACUCCAUUACUGUCCCGCCUGCCACAGACUCCAUUAGACCUGUUACUAAGGACUCUCUUGAGCCUGUUCCCAAGGAUAUCAACAUCUCAGAGAAUAGCACCUCGAAUGGAGCGAGGUCCUCAUCGUGAAAAUGCAGUAGCCCUAUAGAUAUGGAUUGUCUUCAGCAGUGGGCACUGUCCGGGUUAAGGGGUGGACACAGCCAAACACUACUGGUUUUAAUGGCUCUGUGAGAUAGUCAUCAAGAGGAAGGAGCUGGUUCUUAAGUUUAGGAGAAAAAUAGCUGCAUCAUUGUGCCAUGAAAAUGGGCUUGUACAUCGGUUCAGAAUGUGUCUGCUUUUCCGGAGUAAACGUGCUCCAGACACAAAAUGUAGUUUUCAGAGAUGAAAUUUUGCACUGACUGCUCCUUCGGCUAUGUGAGGUAAAAACCUGCAAAUACAUUGUUUGCCAGUUUCAUUUGAGAAAACUAACAGAUUUUCCAGUAUUUAAUGAAGAUUAAUAAUAACCUGCAUAUUUCUGGUAACUAAGCUGUGAGCUGCUUCAGAGGUCUGGUUUUAAAAAAAGCCAGGUUCUACAAUGUAAGAUUAUAAAUACUUCAUACUGCAACAGUGCUAUGUGAGGUGGAGGAUUUAUAUUCACAUUUUACAUGUGUCCUGUUUAAUUCACUGAUCUGAGUCUUAAUCAGAGAACAACAAAACAAAAAAGUGAACUGAUUUGGGCAGUUUCAAUUUUAUGUA